ACUGCAGACUACCACUAUACUGGAAUGCCCAAGAGUGACCUCAUAAAGCAAGGGUUCCUUUUGUGGGCCCUGCUCUGUGGCCUCUCGGGAUCUAGAUGCCAAGGAGAUCUCUAAGCAUAGAUUUUCUGUUGGAUGAUUAAAGCAAAGAAUAAAAAUGGAAAAUUUUUUGGGGAAAAUGCCUCAACAGUUUCAUUACCAGAAGGACACAAGAGUCAUUUCAAGCUCCCUGUUGGAUAAUGCCUCAAAGCUAUUCUAUUCGAGAUUCGGGAGCUUUCAAAGAAAAGAUGCUCAAUGUCAGGAAUUUGUGAAGAGAGUCAUAAUGAGUCAUCUCUUUAAGAUAAUUAUGAUUAGUAUCGUCUCCGUGAAUGCCUUUUUUGUGGUCUUGUCGACUGAUUAUAAUACAAGAUACAACUUAUUCACACUUUGUGAGGUCUCGGAGCUCAUCUUCGUGUCCAUCUAUAGCUCUGAGUUCUGCAUGAAGCUCUACGUGGACCCCAUCAACUACUGGAAGGAUGGCUACAACCUGCUGGAUAUAGUCAUUAUCAUCAUUAUCUUCAUUCCUUACAGUCUCCGCAAAUUCAAGGGCAAGCACUACCCCUACCUCAACAUUGCUGACGGCAUUCAGUCCCUGCGCAUCCUCAAGCUUAUCACCUAUAGCCGUGGCAUCCGGACACUCAUCACCGCCGUGGGGCAGACAGCCUACACCGUGGCCUCCGUGAUCAUCCUACUCUUCGUCCUCAUGUUCAUCUUCGCCAUCUUGGGCUUCUGCCUGUUUGGAGUUCCAGACAGGGGUGACCCGAAUAACUGGGGGAACCUGGCUGUGGCUUUCUUUACCCUCUUCAGCUUGGCCACGGUCGAUGGCUGGACAGACCUACAGGAACAGUUGGAUAAUCGGAACUUGGCUCUCAGCCGGGCAUUCACCAUCAUCUUCAUCUUGCUUGCCUCCUUCGUCUUCCUCAGCAUGUUCGUGGGUGUGAUGAUCAUCCACACUGAGGACUCCAUUAAAAAGUUUGAGCGGGAGCUGAUGGCGGAGAGACAUGUGACGCUCAUGGAGGAGAAGCAGGUGAUUGUGAAGAGGCAGCAGGAAGAGGUCAGCAGGCUGAUGCAGACACAGAAAAAAGGUGACUACAAAAGUUUCAGUGAGCUGGUAGAGAACUUCAAGAAGACCCUGCGGCACACUGACCCCAUGGUCUUGGAUGAUUUUGGCACUAGUCUGCCCUUCAUCGACAUCUACUUGUCCACCCUGGACAACCAGGACACUACGAUCUGCAAGUCAGUCCCAGCCCCGCUGGCCCAAGGAGACCAAGCCUUUCCUAGUCCACAGGCUUCCUCGAGGGCUUCAGGAGCUGUACUGUGAGAUCGCACACGUGUUGAGCCUGAUGCUUGAAGACUUGCCGCUGAAGAAACAGUCCCAGUCCUCUGAAAAGGCCACUGAGCAGUAGGGGGCGUGGGCACCAGGUGCCAGUGUGACCUGCAGGGCGUGACAGGCCCCCCAUUAAACACAAGCUUUCUGAACUGA